CUCCCACCAAUGACCAACAGUAACGUCUGGGCCCCACGCAGAACAGAAGUGAAGUGAAGACUCGGGACUCAAUCCACAAUUCGGAGUGGCUUCAACUACAGGAGAAAAUACACUCAUCCGUUUCUAAACCAAAGCAGAGACUAGCGACUAGCCGUUCUUUCGCCGUUUUGAAUUCUCUUCUCGUCGAAAAACGGACUCAUUAAACCCGUCAAGUUGUUAUCCAACGGUUAAUAAUUAGUGUUAAUAAUUGUGCAUUUUGAAAGAGUAAAUAGUGCACAAAACUGGAGAAUCGCCGCGAGUUAUUGGGAAUUUCAGAUUAAUUUAUACAACUUUUGAGUCAAUAUGAGAAAUUCUACUUUACUCAAAUGGGCGCAGAAUUCUACGAAUAAUAAGAAUCAGCCGAGCAAGAAUGGAGCAGGAACGAAUAAAAACUGGAUUCAUCCACCAGAUGCACUCCAAAAGGGCCACAUAGCGUACCUAGUCAAGUAUUUGGGAAGCACUGAGGUUGACCAACCGAAGGGAAUUGAAGUCGUCAAGGAGGCCAUUUGCAAACUCAAAUUUAAUCAACAAUUGAGGAAGAGCGAGGGAAAUAAAAUACCAAAAGUUGAACUCACUAUCAGCAUCGAUGGAGUGGCUAUUCAGGAGCCGAAAACAAAAACAACUCCAAAGCGAAUUAUGCAUCAAUAUCCCCUUCACCGAAUUUCCUACUGUGCGGAUGAUAAAGGUGAGAAGCGAUUCUUCAGUUUCAUCGCUAAAGAAGAGGACGCUGAGCGUCACACAUGUUUUGUGUUUGUGAGUGACAAAUUGGCUGAAGAAAUAACGUUAACGAUCGGCCAAGCCUUUGGUUUGGCCUACAGAAGAUUUCUGGAGACAUCGGGCAAAGAUUUAGAGACUCAGAGACGUUGUAUGGUCCUUCAACAAAAGAUUCGUCGGCUGGAACAUGAGAAUAAUACGUAUAGACAGAGAUUACAGGAUAUUUGCGCUAUCAAAGGCUCCGCGGAUGUACAAUCCUACUUGGCUCACCACAAUCUUCCGGAUAUUCUGCACGUUUCAAUGGUCUCAUCAGAUUCCUCCCCAGAUGAUGGAUCAAGAUUGAAUGGUAAUGCUAAAUUAGGAAAGAGUGAUACUAAUGGUAAUACAUCUAAUGGAAGACAACAGCCACCCCCAGUGCCACCAAGGAGUUUUGAUGAUGAUGAUUUCAUGGCAAAUAAACCAGCACCAAUGCCAGUUGUUGGUACCAAACUGGAGGGAUUACUUAUGGAUGAAUUGGAGGAAGAGUUGGAGGAAGAGGAGGAAGAGGAGGAGGAUUUCAAUCCUCGUGCGUACGAAACCGCUACCAAUGGGUUUAAUCAUCAGAACAGUGGCUCCUUGACCAAUGGAGAGUCUAAAAGUACUUUUCCAUUGAUAAAUGGUAGUUCCACGUCUCCACCGCUCUUGGCACCACCACCAAAAGCCAAGGAUUCGAGGCGUCAGAAUGGGGUGAAGGAAGAUUUGUUUGGCAGUGUGCCGUUCAAUCCACCAGCGUCCACCACCAAUUCAACAGGUGAUUUUGAUGAUCCUUUCGAAAUGGGAGAAUUUUCCAAUCUCUCCAUGUCUAGCACGAGUCAGCAGGACCUCGAGAAUGCCAUUGGAUUAUUGGACAAGCGGCUACUCGAAAUGAAGGAUGGAUUCAGCCGAGGAUUGACAAUGGGAACCGAUGAUUUUUCCCUGGAGAGUCUCGAUCCUCUGAGGAACUGAGGAGGCCAAAAUUUUCCAACCAACAACAAAAUGAACAAAAACAGGAUGAAAUAAAAUUCGUUAAUUAUUGGACGAUUGUCUUUUUUGCUAGCCAAAAGAAUUCAACGUCUCCAGAGACCAAAAUUAGUCAAUUAAUAUAUUAUUUAUAUAAUGGUGAUGUUUAUUAAUAUUCCUUCAAUUAAGAAUUAUCAUUAAUGUAUAAUUGUUUAAUCGCGUCUAUUAUAUAAACUAGAAACUUUUUUCUCUCACUCGAUAAAAAAAAAUCAUGACUCUUUGUAUUUUUAGCAACAACUGUUUUUUUAUUCUGUAAACAUCUUGGAAGUUGACGGGAUUUAUCAUUAAUUCAUUGAGCAAUUUUUUUCUGUCGCCAAAAUUGAAAGCUUCGACAAAAUGAUUGCUUAUCUAGAUAAUUUUCUCUUUUUUGCCUUAAGUUUUAAUGCUUUAUACACAUCAACUAAUAAUAACAAAUAUAUCUGCGAUAAAAAUUCAUCAGCUCAUCAACAUAAUCACUGAAAUAAUGAGCAGAUGAGACGGAAAGAUAAUUGAAAGUGAGAAUAAAAAAUUGAUGAUUAUUAAGAAGAACACAA